UGGUAUUUUUACUGUUGAAGUGUGCUCAAAUAAAUACCUUUUAUUAUAGCAUGUUCAAUACGGUUUUGCUCUAAACGAGUAGACCUUCCAUUAGGAGUUUUAUUACCUUUAGAAGGAACUUUACUCCAACGAUUAUUCUUUAAUCGAGUUGCUCGUAGAUAGGAAUCAUUAGUAUCUUUGGAUUUAGCUUGUCUAAUUUUUUGAGUUUUAAGUCGAGUUUUACGUUGAUUAUUUGUUUCAAAAAUUCCUGGUUAUGGCCUUAUUAGCUCGAUCACACUUCUGCUUACGCCGAAUCCCACCAGGACAUUUAGGUAUCCGGGGAGUUAGGUUUGUCAUGAUUUGUUGACAAAUACAAUUGAACAAUAUAAUUAUACUAUUAUAUUACAAAAAAAAAACACCAUGGUUUUCUUUUUAAAGGCAAUAUUGAUUCGGUUGCUUCGGUUGGAUUACCUAUUAUUAUUAUUAUGUUUAUCGAUAUUUCGAUUUGCGGUUGUAUUUUGAAGGUCAACCAAAUCAAAUUGUAGAAAAAUAUUUUCGCGGACAAACGCCCGAUCAAACAGACACUGAUCGAAGUUAAUUAAAAGACUUUAAAAACCUAUGCUAUAUGAGGUUCUUUAGAUAAUAUUCUUACUUCUAAAUUUAAUGUUUGUAGUACAGAGACAAUGCAUGUGGGUGUCAAGUAGCGUCCUCUGUGUAAUUAUCAAUUCCAUUUAACGUGUUUUUUUUUUAGAUAAAAAUGGCAUUAAAUUUAUCGGCUAGGACUUCGUCUUUAGAUGUUCAGCAAAAUUUAGAAACAAAUUUGGAAAGGCAUUCUAGAAAAACAUACGGCCCUCCAGUUGGAAAGCGAUUAGUUUAUUUUAUUGAUGAUUUAAAUUUGCCUCAGAUGGAUGAAUGUGGUACACAACAACCUAUUGCAUUAUUGAAAAGUAUAUUUGAUAAACAAGGCAUGUAUGAUAGACACAAAUGUUUCAAUUGGAAAGAGCUCGUGGAUAUAUGUUUCUUUGCCGCUAUGAACCACAUAGGAGGUGGUCGAAAUGAAUUAGAUACACGUUUUUUAUCACUAUGUUCAGUUUUUACAUUACCUUUUCCAUCUGAUGAUACAAUUCGAUAUAUUUUCAAUUCUAUUUUAUCUGGACAUACAAAAUCCUUUACAGAGAACAUAAAAUCUGCAGUUCAUAAUAUUAUAAAUAUGACAGUGCAUUUAUACAAAUUAGUGCUUAAAAAACUUCAUCAAACACCAGAAAAAUUCAUUUACGUAUUCAAUUUGUGUCAUAUAAGUUUUAUCAUCAAUGGUAUGACACGCAUAUUGCCCAACACAUUUACGACUACAGAAUCCUUUGUACGAGUUUGGAGGAACGAGUUCACCAGAGUGAUAUGUGAUAGAUUAAUUUAUCAACAAGAUCGAGAAAUGAUUGAACGUCAUCUUACUCAAGAAUUAGAGUCAUAUUUUCCUUCACAAGUGGAAUAUGUUCUUAGAGAUCCUCUUUUGUUCGGUGACUGUAGGAAUGCUAUUAGUGCGAACAAUCAAAUACGAAUUUAUGAGGACCUAAUAGAUUACGAUUCUGUAUUUUAUUUAUUUCAAGAAAUACUAUUAGAAUAUAAAAAAUAUCAUGGUUUGUUGGACAUGGUACUUUUCAAUGAUGCAUUAGAUCAUUUAAUCAGAAUUCACCGUAUGCUUAGAAUGGAUAGAGGUCAUGUUUUGUUAAUUGGAUCGAAUGGAAAUGGAAAAAAAUCACUCUCUAAGUUAGCUGCAUUCACAUCUGGAAUAAAAAAUCAGCCUACUGUUUUCAUAGUGGACAAAGUUGAUGUUAUUGAAGAAGGUAAUUUAAAACAAUACAAUUAA